UCCAGCAACCAAAGUCAAAAAUAUAUAGUCUUCUGCUUUUUCAAUUUUAGUCCUUACUUAGAUUUUCAGCACUGAUGAUUCUUUUGUCACGCGACAAGAGAAAAUUUCUUCGAUUAAGGUCGCCGUCUUAAAUAGAGCUGGCUAUAAACUUUCAGAAAGUGCUAGGAUGGUGCAAGCCAGUCCUACAUCCCCCCGCAAACGGGACUGACUGUCUACCAAACUUCAAAACAAAAGUCAUCCGAACCUUAACUUCAAUCAUGGACUCAACACCAGGAUCGCCUGGUGGUUCUUCAAGGGUUGAAGCCAAACUACUAAAUGAAGCAUGUAUUAUGGUGCCAAACCUAACUGAGGAUCGCCAUAAAGGACAAGCUGGUAGAAUUGGUGUCAUUGGUGGCUCCAUGGAAUAUUCUGGUGCCCCCUAUUUUGCAGCAAUUAGUGCACUCCGUGUUGGUUGUGACCUGUCUCAUGUAUUUUGUUGUAAAGAGGCAGGGCCCGUUAUCAAAUCUUACAGCCCUGAGCUAAUAGUUCAUCCUGUGUUAGACCUGGAUAAUGCUAUUUCUUACAUAAAACCUGUUUUAUCUCGCCUUCAUGUGCUGGUAAUUGGACCAGGGCUGGGAAGAGAUCCCAAGGUGCUACACACUGUGGCCUGCAUCAUAGACCAUUGUCGUCACAAUACUGUAGAUCAGAAGAAACCACUAGUGAUUGAUGCUGAUGGGCUUCACCUAAUAACUGAACAACCUGAUCUUGUGGUAGACUACCCAGGAGGCUUGGUCCUCACACCAAAUGCAGUGGAAUUUACUCGACUGGCUAGUUCAAUACUCCGAGAGUCAUGGUCACCAGCACCAGAAUCUAAAGCUGACAAUCUUAUGGCUCUUGCAAGCUGUCUGGGUCCUAGAACAGUCAUAGUUCUCAAAGGUUCUCAAGACCUUGUUGCAAGUCCUCAUCAUAUUCUGCCUGCAUCUGGGGCUGGCUCUGGCAGAAGGUGCGGUGGCCAGGGUGAUCUGCUCUCAGGUAGUCUUGGUACCUUCCUGUGUUGGGCACUUGUUGCUGGCAGAGAUGUGGAGUGUAAAAUUUUCCCUGAAAUCACUUCACAGCGAAUGGUAGUUGCUGCGUAUGGCGCUUGCAGGCUCACGAAAGAAUGCAACAGGCGAGCAUUUAGUAUACAUGGGCGUAGUAUGCUUGUUACAGAUAUGAUUGAUCAAAUUCACAAUUCAUUCGAGGCAUUGUUUGGUCAAUGACCCGAGCUUGCCUGCUGCUCUAGCAGCAGCUUUUUUUACCGAAGAUGUUCAAUGCUAUAAAUCUAAAUUUCCCUUUUUUUUCAAAGAUUAGUAUCAAAUUUGUAAUUUUUAUGUGAUUGCGUCAUGAUCUUCUUCCUUCCACUCCAUUCCUUACUUCAAGUGUAUGUAGGUUUUUUUAAUUUGUAUUUUUAUGUGAUUUUUUCCUUACAUGUCGUAGACUGUUCCAAUUUUAAUAUUAAUUGGUUCUAAGUCACCUGUGCCAUUACUUUAGAGGACACCCUUAUGAUCAAGUAAAGUGUUUCAGGAAAAAGGGUAAAAAAAAGUACAUUCAUAAAUUGCUUUACUAUUUGAUGUAGUCAUUUUGUGAGGCUUUGUUGAUGUAUUGUUGGGUUAGUGUAGGAUGUGAGUCAUGAUCAGACUACAGAAGUAAGAAACGGAAACAAACAUUUCUUUCUGUUUACCAUUUAUUCAACAGAAUAAUGUUUGAAAUCUGCUUCUUCCUUGUAAUGUUCACUAAAUUGUGUUACCUAAAUGCUUUUCAAUCUCGCUGUACUUGUCCUUUUUUUUUUUUUUUUUUUUUUUUCUUUGUUCGUGUUCUUUGAAAGACUUAUAUUCUAGAUGUUUCUUACCAUCCUUGGAUUACUUUUGUUGAAUGGUUGGCAAAGGUUUAUUGCAUGAGUCAUUUCAUAAAAUUUGCUUUCUUGAAAAAACUUGAUUAGUUUGCCAUUUGUGGGUGGCUUUGGGGCUGAUGGAAAUCGGAACAAUCUUUAGGGCGUGUAUAUCUGUUGCCUGCUUUUGUAUAAUUUUAGAGAUCCCUAUUUAGUCUCUUAUUUUUGCAGCUUUGGGAAGUUGUUAAAUUUAGAAUGUUAAUUUCUUUGUGAUCAGACCUUUCAUUAAAAUUAACUGCCAAGGAAAAAAAAAAGUAUUUUUAAUGAGACUACUUUUCAAUGUAGUGGUGGUUAUCUACAGGGUGUAUAGGAGCAGAUACAAAUUCUGAUUUUGGCCCACCAUGGGUAACAACAAAAAGCUACAAAAACAAAGAAAUUUCAAAAAAAUCUUUGCUUAGGUUUAGUGCUUUAAGAGGACAGAAAGGAAACAUUGUUUUCGGACAUCAUAUGGACUUUUAGGAUCAUAAUUGGUGGCUAGUGAAUGUUCCUCACUCAUCCCUCACUAAUGGCACCAUAUUGUUGUCCCAUUUUCAUGCAGUUGCUUUUGUCAAAAAAUUUAGAAGGCAAUUGUUUCCAUUACAAACUCACUUCUCAUUGUGUCUGCCAUCCAAACACUUAGUAUCACAUAAAAUGCAUUGUUUUCAGUGUUUGUGUUACACAUUGCUGCACACUAAAAAAAAAUGUAUUUCAAUGUCCUUCAUUUGCCUCUCUGUAUGGUGCUAUUUCUGAGCUGGAUAUUAAGCUCAAUAAAAUAAGUCUGGAAGUGGGGUGUGCACAUUGUUCAGCGUCAACAAUGUGAAAUAAGGGAAUUUGUUUAGGUUUUUUUCUCAUUUCAGGGUUUGGCUCCAAAAUCUGAUCAUGUUUCAUGCAUCAUUUUCGCCCAAGUACUUCAAAGAUUGUUAAAUGUAAGGGGUUCACUUACAAGUUGUUCUUCAUAGCUUCAAUUGUAGUCGAAUUGAAUCAGACUUUGUCAUGCUGUUCACUAAAGGAAUAAUUUAGGCCCUUGACAAUUAUUUUUGUGCCUCUUUUCUCUAAUGUAGGCUGGUGCACGUUUUUCUCCUACCUUUUUCACCGGAAUGAACUUGUGAUCAACAAGUGUAAUUAAUUGCUCAGACAUUGCAAACGGCAAAUCCUUAAGAAAUUCCUGUACAAUUUAGUUUAAGCAUGAAUGUACAUUUGCGGUAGUUGUGAAUGCCCUUAUUGUUAAUAAAUUACAAUCAUAUUCAGUUUCUGUAGUACUUCACAUCUCAAUAUUUGCAUAUAAUUUCCAUUAGACUCACUUAAAUGUACUGUGGUAUCUUGAGCUCACUCUUCAUCAUUUGUUUCUAUGUCUAUCAAGGUUAAGUAAGACGAAUGUACAAAUUAUCACAUGGCCGCAUUUGAGCAAUUUAGAAGAUAAGGGAACAGACAUAGUCAAGUAUAGUGUAACUUCUUUUCCAUUCAGAAUUUUUUCAUGCUGCCUGUAACAAUCAAUAGAUGUAGGGCAGCCUUUCAAAUAUCUAGUCUGUCUUGUUUCUUUCUUUGAUUUGGAAGCUGUCUUUAUUGUUGAGCUUUUAUUUUGUUUUGACUAUGAAGAAGAAAAACUGCACAAGGCAAGGAGUAAAUAUUUUAUGUGGAAAAUUCUCACAUUCAUUGCGACUGAGAGCAAGUUCAAACAAUGCACUUUUCUAGUGAGCAUAAUUUGUCUUGUACAUCAACAGUGGUUAUUUUUAAUGAUGAAUUGAGCUUAAAUGUGCUUGUGUAAGAGCAGUGCAACUUGGCCCAAUAUUUUUGAGACUGUUAUAAUGCAUGCACAUUGCUUCGUGAUAAUUUUAAUUUGUGCAAAGUUUGAUAUACUUGGGAAUUGAUUCCUGCAUUAGUUUCAAGUUGCUGUAGAGGCACUGAGAUUUUCUUCCGACUUAAAAUUUUUACUUACUAAUGGAGCAUAAGAUUAUAAUAAAAUGCCAGAAGUUGCUUAUCCCCCACUUUUGUUAUGGAUAGCACUGUUGACAAUGUUAAUGUAGCAUAGAGUUUCUGUAAUUUGUGAUAAGUUAGUGGUAGAUUUUUGAAACACCUUUGGUUUAGAGGAAUGAAGUUGGGUUUGACAUUUAAAGCAAUGCAUUUUUGGUCAAGAGUUAUGUUUUGCGUUUAAAGCUGAUUUUGAUUGAAGCGCUAGUUUUCUUAAAAUAUGCAAUAAUGCAAAAAGUCUGUCCUACUAAUAAGAAUUUAAUUUUUUGUGUAUGACAGUACAUUUAACUUUCACUGUAGGAGCUGUCAUAGAAAAGGGAGAAACAUUGUUUGAACUAUAUCAGUUUGAAAGAUGCUGCUGCUUUGUUGAGACCCAUUGGAAAGUGUUGUUCCUCUCACUAUAAUGUUUAACAAUUGUUACUGUUCUAUUUGUAUUAAGAUUUUUCAGAGAAUUUAUAGGGGGUUGUGGGGAUGUUGGUGAAUUACAUUAGUUUUAAAUAUAAAGGAAGAAAGAAGAAAAUGGGGGCAAAGAUUUUUUUAAAAAAAGCACAUUGUCAUUAAUCUUUUUCUCUUUCUUUAAGCAUGCCAAUUGGGAAUGAGAUGAUGUGUGUGUGAAUGGUGUCAAAUGACCCUGACCUAUUCUUGUACUUUUAGUCAUGUCAAUUCAUUUUACUAGCUUAGGCUUUACACUCACGAAAUACAAAAGUUUGUUCUAAA